GGCGGCACGCUCACGCGUGCUACCGUGGCACCUUGUGAUGAGUUCCAUGCUCCUCGUGCUGUUGUCGACCCAGAACACUGCCCAUGCCACCAUCUGCAUCGACCCCAUCCCGGAACAACAUCACUGCGUUGACCUCACUGCCGAGGUCAACAGCACUUGCACUGGCAAUGACUUUCUCUGCACCGCACAAGGUGGCCGUGUCGCGAUGAGCACGUUCAGCUGCGACGUCGUUCGUUGCGAGGAAGUGACGUUGCAAGAGUCCCUUGAAGACCCCAAUGACGACAUCACCUCGGCCUGGUGGUCCGAGCCGGGCGACCAAUUUGUCACCAUCGACGUGAACCUCGACCCAACUUGCGACGGCACGGCUUCGAGCGAGGAUCGGUUCAAGUGGCUUGGAGGGUAUUUCUCCGUCACGUUUGCCUCGCGCGUUCCCCGCACCAUGGUCAUUGAGCGUUCUGUCGACAACGGCAACACCUUCACGCCAUGGCAGUACUACGCAGAGGACUGCAGCACUGUGCCUGACGCGUUCUUGGACUGUGUGGACAUGCCAAACGAGGAAGUGCCCUUCCGCGUGGUGGUGAACCUCGUGUCGUACCCAUUUGUGCCGUUUGUGCUGGACCCCUUUGCCAACGCCUCGGUCGCAGACAACGUGCGCGUGGACAGCGUGCGCCUGCGCCUGCAGCAGCACAACAUCCUCGCCUCCGACGGCGUUGCCGCAGACGAGCACGUGUACGGCAUUGCUGCCAUGGACAUGGUGGCCUUGUGCGACUGCAACCAGCACGCAGACACCUGCGUGCAGCAAAGCUGCCCUAGCGUUGCUCAGACCUACUGCGAGUGCCGCAACAACACCGCCGGCCGCAACUGCGAGUACUGCGCGCAGGGAUAUCAGGCCACCGCCUGGCAGCAAGGCCCCGACUACGAAUGCAGCGAGUGCCAGUGCCUCCCUGUCGCCACGUCGCCUGUCGCAGACCCGCUGUCCCCAACAGCAACAUGCGUCGACGACGCAGGCCAGUGCCCGUGCGUGCAUGCAACCAUCGCGGGCACACACUGCGACUCACCCGUCAGCGCACACUUUGCCGCCCUCUACGACUACGUGGAUACGCAGCUCGAGGACAUGUUCCUUGCCCAAUACUCCAUUGGCGUCGUUGUGGACGACACCCAGGACAGGUGGUACACGGGCCGCGGAUACGUUCGCCUCAUCGCAGGCCAGAGCAUCGCCUUCCAGGCGCCACUCGACACGCAGAGCCUGUUUGUUGAUGCCAUCGGCCCAGCCAGCCUGAGCCACUUUGUCGAGUACCGCGCGCUGGCUGAGGCCACCGUGACCACAACGGUCGGCGGCAGCGAAAUCGUUCUGCAACCAACCUCGUUUGCUCGCCUGGAGGUGCCGCAAGAUGCCGAGCUUGUGCUGGUCAGCGGUGGCCCUCUCCUUGUCGACCGCGUGCUGACCGUGCCAGCUGCAUUUGUGGCCACGCCAAAGCUGCCGCCAUCCCUUUACCCGGAUUUCCCGCGCGCAACAGAUUUGGCGGGCCUGUACCCCGGCACGUGUGACGAAUUCAACAGCAACCGCGACGCACCUGCCGCCUGCGCCGACAUCGCCUUUGCCGAAUCCGUUCGCACGUACGGCCAGGCCUUCCCUUGCGACUGCGAUCCACGAGGGACAGAGGCGGGUACGGAGUGCGACCCAUAUGGCGGGCAAUGCGUGUGCCGCGCCAACGCCGUUGGUCGCAGCUGCGACGCGUGCGAGCUUGGCUUCUACCUCACCGAGACGGAUGGCUGUGUUCCCUGUGGCUGCGCUGCGACCGACGACAACAUUGCUCAGUGCCACUGCACUUCCUUUGGCUCCGUUGACGGCUUGUGCGCCACCAACGGCACCUGCGUGUGCCGGCCAUACUUCACGGGCCCAACAUGCUCCGAGUGCGUGGAAACAGCCGUCUUCGACCCAGCCACGCAAGAAUGCAUCCCGUGCCCAGAUUGCGUGCAGCGGCUGAAGGAGCGCGUGGCCUGCGAUGCCGACUACACAGCCAUGCAGCUCGCCCUCGUGCCCUGGCACGGUGACAUCCUGCAAGCGCUCGUUGCCAUUGAUCAAGUCCUCAGCACCACCUCCCUGGCUGUGCUUGAGCGCCAGAUGUUCUACGACUCCCAGAACGAAACCAUCAUGGACCUUGCGUUGCAGAUUGCAACCACCAUCUCCGAGUUUGACGAACAGUUCAUUGUGGACGUUGACGCUGCCCAGGCCCAGCUCAACACCGCGCUGUCCCUGGUGGAGGCCAGCCUGUCCGCGCUUGUGCUGCGCGUGCGUCAGUACGAACAGGCCGUGCUUGUCUUCUUUGCCUCGUGGCAGACGGUGCUGGAGACCGUGGCUGCCACCUACGAUCCGGAGACAGGCGACGAGUACGCCGCUGUUCUGGCGGGACUUCUGGACCGCGCGUCCACCUUCGAGGACAGCUUGCUUGAGGUGCAAGCAGCCUGUGCCGAAACCGCAACGCUGGUCGGCACCCUCGUUGGGGAGCUGAACAACAUCGCAGCCCUCAACGCAUCCUUCAACGCAAUCCCGCUGUCUGCCACCAUCACCCACCUGCAAGCUGUCACGGCACAGGCAGAUGCCCUGCGCACAUCGCUUGACCUCCUCGCCGCAAGCAUUCAGAACGGCAACAGCCUGCAGGCCAGCAUCGCCAGCAUGCGCGCAUCCAUCGCCACCACGCUUGGCCAGGCCGAGACAGCAUCUGCCACCACCGCCUCCCUGCUCGCGCAGCUGGAGCAAACCAGCACUGAUUACGACGACGUUGUCGCGGAUGUCAACGCAAUUAUUGCUGCUUGGACUGCGGACACGGGCAGCUUGACGGGUCUGCGCCAGGUUGCCAUUUCCUCCGUGCUGCUGCAGACGCGCGCUGCCGCCAAUGCGUCGGUGAUUGCCCUGCGCACCACCAACAUGCAGGAGGCCGCAGACGAGAUGGCCCGCAUCUACGCCAACGCCAUCAACGACCCAGACAUUCCGCAGGUGGUCCAGGACCUGAUUGCGACCAUGUCCCGCGUCAUGAACAUCAUCGGCACCACCCCGGCCGUAUUUCAGCGCGCAGACAACGCCACUACCACGCUGCUUGGCCUCGACGUUGUGGCCCUGCAUCUGGGCUUUGACGGUGCGGAGCAGUGGACGGCCAUGCUGCAGGGACAAAUCGCCGGCCUCCAGCCUGACCUCGUCUCACUGCACGAGCUGCUCGCACAGCUCUCGUCCGCACUGGACCCGGCCAACUUCCCCGAGCUUGAUGUCAGUGGCAUGGAUGCGUCGCUGGCCAACACCGCCAGUGCUGCUGCUGAUGUGGCAACGAGCGUGGCCGCACAGGAUUCCGCCCUCACACCGCGCGAGGCCACCAACCUGCAGCCCACACUGGACAUGCUUGCCGCACGUGCUGCAGCCAUGACCAAUGAGACCUCAAACGGCGCUGCCCUGGCCACCAGCGUGCAGCAGCAGGCCCAGGCCCAGGCCGCAGAUGUGGCUGACACCGUGCAGACGGCUCUGAGCGACGUCCAGCAGCAGGCGCAGGGCACGGCGGAUGCCCUGUCCGCGAUUGAGAGCAACGUUGACGCAACCUCAACCCUGCUGGACGCACUGGAGGCGCGGCUGGCUCGCAUUUCCGUGAGCGCCGAGUUUGUGGCUGCGCGCGCGCCGGUGCUUGAGCCGCGCAUCGCGGGCUCGGGCUUCUUCUCCUCCCCAGUGGACCUCGCUGUCACAAACGAGGGCCAGAACAGGUCCGGAUACACGCUGGUGGGCAGCGUGUUUGGCGACGCCAUCGGGCCCCUGCCUCCUCUCAACAGCGCCAACGGCACCACACCUGCGCCCAUGCCGUUCACAGGCAUUGAUCUGCAGAUUGGCGGCGUGCCGCUGCCCAUGAAGCGUGAUCUUGGCUUUGCCAGCGUCUCGCUGCCAUUCAGCUCCCACCGCCUGGCCGUGGAACCUGGCCCAGCCUCGUCGUUGUCGGCGUGGCGGCUGGCUGCCACCGCAGAUGACAGCCUGUUGUUUGCCAGCGAGGGCUCCCUGCGCGUGCUGCUCCGCGCGGUGGACGGCUCCAACCAGCCCGUCGUUGCCGGUGUGCCGCUGUUUGCUCAGGCCGAUGUCGGUGGCAACACCUUGCCCACGCUCAGUGGCUGGUGUGCCACGGCACACAACGGCACGUGCGUGGUGUGGAUGGAGCUGCCACACGCGUGGCGCCGCUCCAACGUCUCCUUCACCAUUCGCAUGCGCGCGGGGCUGUCCGCAAGCGAAGCCGCGUCUGCAGCCGCCUUUGACACGCUGGCCUUUGUGCCCACGCCCGCCGUGUUGGAUCUAGCUGAGACGGACAAGGAGCAGCUUGUGCUCGACGUGCCGCUGCACACCGUCACGGAAACAGAGUGGUUUGCCGUGCACCUGCGCAGCCUGUACGAUCGCGCCGUGCGCUCGUUUGUGGUGCGCAUCACGCUGCCGCUUGGCGUUGUGUUCUCCAGUGCCAGCCCGACCGAGGCGUUCAACGUCGCCGUGUUGCACCAGUCCACCAACGCAGAGGGGCGCCAGGUCCUCGUCAUCACCGGCAUUCGCGAGACCGUGAGCGUCCCGGCCGCCGCGCCGCUUGACUCGGAAGUCCUGGCCAUCCUUCGCUUCCAGUACACGGGCCUCGCUGGCCUUGUUGUGCAGGAAGGCACGGCAGCGUGGGGCCUGGAGAUGCGCGAGGUUGUGUACGUGACUGGCCGUCGCGUCAGCGGCGUGCCACGCGCAGGCUCCAUCGCCACCCGCUACAACGGCUACCAGGAGGCGCCACAGCCGUUCUCGUCGGCGUCCAACGGCGCAGUUGUGCUGGUGUCCAACCCGCUGCAUCCGCGCCUGACAGACCUUCGCCCCGUUGCUCCCGAUGCCGCCAGCACCCGCCUCAACAUCGUUGGCGUGUCUGCGCUGGGCGUGGCCGUGGACUCCACCGCCAGCCUGCAGUGCAUUGCGCCUGGGAGCUCCGGCCUUGUGUUUGCGUCGGGGUCUGCCACCGCUGUUGGCAACGACUGCAACACGGUGACGCUGGAGGGUCGCCCGGCAGGCGUGGUGCCGUCCGCAGACAUGUUGUUCCUGUCCAACGACGACCAGGGCUCCCGCGCGUCCACGCGCGUGUCGCUGCUGCUGCGGCGCGUGCAAUCACUGGCCAUUGACACGGAUGUAGACUGCAUCAGUGCCGUGCAGGUGCCAUCGUGCACGGGCGUCGUGCUCUCCGAGCGCAUCCGUGUGGGCGUGCGCGCCGUCCUCAGCGACGGCAUCGCCAUCGACAUUACCCACGUUGCCGUGCGCGAGGCUGCGCUCGCAUCCGCAAACGGCAACUUUGUCUUCACAGACAACGGGUACCUGGAACUGUGGGCGCCAGACCGCCCAACGGCGCAGCUGCCGCCCAGUGACACCAUCACGCUUGCGCGCGCCUUGCCGAGCGGCGUGAGCUUCACCCCACGCGAGAUCCGCAUCGACCCGCCAUCGCAGCCGGUCGGGCUUCGUGUUGACGCCUUCAACCCGGAGGACGUGUCCAUUGACGCGAGCACGCUUGGUUCCAUCGGUGCGUCCGGCGACAUCACCGCUGUCCGCAGCACAGACGUGCUUGUGCUGAUGGUGAGCCACCCCGAUCGCCCCACGCUGCGUGUGGGCGGCGGGUCUCUUGCUGCCGUGCACGCGCGCCUGCUGCUGAGUGACGGUCGGCCCGUGGCGGUGGAUCCACAGCACCUCGUCCUGACAUCGCCAGCGUCCGGCUUUGCAUUUGACGUGAGCGGCGACGGCAGCGCGGUUCUCACCCGCACCAACGCCAGCAUUGGUGCAGCCCAGGCCCUAACGUUCGCAUGGGCGCCCGGUUGUGCCGAGGGUGGGGACACGCAGGUGCUGACGGGCCAGCUGUUUGUGGAUGUGGUUGCGCUGGACGGCGUCCUGCUGACAGACAGCAGCGUGACCAUGUCCCUGUACGGAGACGCUGCCGUUGCUGCUGGCGUGCUGCGUGACUAUCGUCCACAAGUAACCCUGCGCUACAACACGUAUGUUGCCGACAGGUUCAUCUACACGGACCUGACGGGCGCGUUGACGACUGCAAGCGUCACGCCCGCGGACAGCGACUACGUGGUUGUGACGGCGACAGCCAGUGGCCGCCCCGUUGUGAGCGGCGUGCGUACGGGGCAAACCAACCUCACCAUCUCCUACACCACGCUCAGCGCUGUUGUUGACCUGACCAUCAUCCGCGCGCAGGGCAUCACUGCAUCGUACAUUCCGUACCCACACCCGUCGGCCACGGCCGAAGCAAACCUGGACGACCUGUGGUCGCUGGCGUUGGCGGAUCCACGCUUCUGCCGCGUUCCCUCCAGCCGCUCCUCGUCUCGCUUCCUGCAAGGCCAGGUGGUGGCCUUUAUCACGCUCACCAACGGCACGCGCAUCGCCGUGUCGCCCGGAUCACCGGCUCAAGAUUUGGCGUUCCAGCUGCUCGGCGCCCGGGUGAUGGACGUUGCAUUUGUGCCCUCCGCCACUGGCGGCAAGCACGUGACGCUGCCUUCCACGAGCGGGAGCUCUGCCAUUGGCGUUCGCUUUGCGUCCAGUGUCACCGCCAUUCUGUCGCGUGUUGCAACCAGCACCGCCACCGUCAGCGGCCUUGAAUGCGGGCUGAGCAGUCCUGCCGAGGCCUCGGCUGAUUCUGCGUCGCUUGUUCGCUGCAGCAUCAUGUUUGCGUGCGGGUCUCAGUCCGUGUUUACCUACGCUGCCCAUGCCCUGCAGUAUCUCGAGCCCGCGGAUGUGCCACGGCUUCGCACGCAGCUGGCAUUUGAGGACUACAUUGCCCUCUCUGUGCAGGAUCCAGAAUACUCGUCCUCCUUCUCCUUCAACACUGCCACCGGCGCUGUCACCGUGCACCGCAACACGCCGACGCCCAUCAACAUUGUUGCCAGCAGUCCCUUCAACGCCGCGGCCUGGGCCACUGUGCCCAUCGCUGGCAAUCUGAAGGCUGGAUUCCUCGAUGUCGAUGUUGGCGGUGACGAGGACGUGGCCAUUGCCCCACUCGCCGCUGGCGAGGAGGUGGAUGUGCCCGUCUGGGUGAACACGGAAGGCGUGGAGUUGGGUGCAUUUGAUGUGGAGAUUACUGUGAUGGGCGACGUUGUGAUUUCCGGCUUCAUGCGGGCACCAGGGCUGCUCAUGUCACAGGUCGUGCAAGCAGACAGCACGACGAUUCGCGUGGCCGGUUUUGCUGCCGCCGCCGACCCCGUGCUCCUCACCCUCAGCCUGCAAGGCACCAGCCCUGGCGCCCAAGCCAACGCCACGUCUGUUGCGCGCAUCACGCCGUUCAUCAACGUGCUGGCCACCGAAGACUUCUCGGCCGUUGUGGAAGACACGCCCGCAACAGCCGGUGACGUCCCCGUCUUGAUUACCAACGCAGACACCAGUACCAACACCACGCUUCGUCGCCGCCGCCGUAGCGGCCACAGCAGCGCCGCCAGCGAUGAGGCUGUUGCAGUCGCACCCGUGUCCACAGCAACAACGAUGACGACCAAGCGUGCGCGGCGCAACUUGGAUCCACUCUUCAUUGACUGCACCUUCUUUGAGUUUUACAUCACGGGCGAAUGCCCUGACCCUGUUGCUUGCGAUGUGGAUGUUCCCGGCGAUGUUGAUGGGGACUGCCGCGUGACUGCAAUCGACGUUGCCAUCAUCUUCACGUACAUCCAGGAGCGCGCCGUUGACUUCACCACCGCGCGUGGCCGCCGGCUGCAGCAGCUGUCGCAGGCAGUGGAUCUGAUGCUGCGUGCCGAUGUGGAUCACUCUGGCCUGGUGAACACGGACGACGCCGCCCUGCUGCUCUCUGCGCUUCUCGGCAACGCACGUCUCAUGGCCUUUGAGGCGGACGCAGCCGGUCCUUGGUUCUCCUCCCAGGUCACAACGUACGGGGAGCGGCCACCGCUGGACGACAUUCGCGUGUACGCGCUCGUUGCCUCAACAUGCCCGCGCCUGCUGUCUGCUUCCUUUGGGUCUCCCGCCGGUGCCGCCACCCCCAUUUCCGCGUCUGCGGCCCUGGAAACGAACGGCAAGGACCCCGUGCAGCCGCUCUAUGCGCAGUUUGUGCCCAUGCCCGCCGUCAACGCCACGACGCUGGCGCUGCACACGUCGCAGCCUGCGUUUGAGGAUGUGUCGUCGCUCGGCGUGUCCUAUGUGCAGGUGACGCGCGCCGGCUGGCAGGUGCUGUUUGACAGCGACACGGACGCGACAACAGAGUUUCCGCAGCGCAUCUCUGCUCGCGUGACGCCGUUUGCUGGCGGCCCGCUUGUCGGCCUGUUUGUUGACGGCCACACGCCAGCCAUCAGCGUGCAGCUGGACACGGCGCUGUCCAUGGAGGGCGCCUACCCGGACUCUAUGCCCAACUUUGUGUUCCGGCGGUACUCAUACGUGGCCACGGCGGCGACGGUGCUGAUGAGCAGGCGUGUGCGUGGUUCGUUUGACUGCAUGGCAUACGAGUGCGCGCAUCGCUGUGUGCAGGCUGGCGACGCGUGCCGUGGCUUCUCCAUUGUGGUGGACAUCGUGCCGCGCGCAACGUGCCUGCUCUUCCGCCAGCUGCAGGUGAGCACGACAGAAGAGCUUGGUGCGCACGACGCAUCCUACGCUCGCACAGUGGAUGUGGACGUUCCCCCGAUUCCAGGCAACUACGAUCCUGUGUUCCAGGGCAACACGCCAGGCAACGCCGGCUCGCCGCUGCGCUUUGCCACCGCCUUUUCCGCCGACGCCAUCAUCUCCAUUCUGAACGGGGUGACCGAGGUGCAGUGUGCGGAGGCAUGCGAUGCACAGGCAGCGUGCCUGGGCGUGUUCCACUGGCUCAGGGGCCAAACACCAGAGUGCCGCCUCCUCAACAACAUUGGCGACUUUGCUGGUCUUCCAACCACAAGCGUGUCCAUGUCCUUUGCCAAACAGGUCUCCGAUGUGAUUCCAGAUGGCUUUUCGUUGGCGCACAUUGGGUUGACUGCGUUUGCCGCGAGCAGCACUGCGACGCCACGCCGGUUCUCCACCGGCUUCAGUGCCUCUGCCAUCAUUUCCCGCACCUCGACAACGCUUGAUGUGUGCGCGCAAAUGUGUGAGGACGCUGUGCUCUGCCAGGGCUUCUUCUUCACCAUGGAGAACGCCGAGCUUGCUUGCCGCUUGCUCUCGGACAUUGGUACCACAGAAGGCACGCCAACCACGUCCUCGUCCAUCAGCGUGCGCAAGCAGGCACUUGUGAGCGAGCCUAAUGGGUACACGCUCGCUGCCACGGGCGCGUUCAGCGGUGUUGUGUCGCCCCUGCGUUUCGCCUCUGGCUUCACGCCAUCGGCGUUCCUGUCGGAGGUGGACGUGCCAUCACCGGCAGCGUGCGCUGCUGUGUGUGACAGCGAAGCCGCGUGCGUUGGCUUCUUCCUCUGGGUGCGCAGCUCGACCCGCGUUGUGUGCCGCACCCUGUCGGAGCGUGGCCCACUUGUUGCCACGUCGUCGUCCUCGUUCUCCUUCCGGCGCAAUAUGGUGCAGUCGCCGGUUGUUGCUGGCUACGAGCUGCAGUACGAGGGUGCGACGCCAAGCAACCCCGCAGGGCCCGCACUGCGCUACAGCACCGCCUUUGACGCUGCCAGCCAGAUCUCCGUGUCCACUGUGGGUUCGUUGGACGAGUGCGCUGCGCUGUGCAGCAGCCAGACCCAGCAGCCAAACUUCUGCCGCGGCUUUUUCGCCUAUCGCCAAUCCACGCUUCGCUGCAUCACCCUCCGCUCUCUCGGCACCGCUGUUGCCACAAGCACAAACUCCUACUCCUUCAGUGACGAGGCUCCCUUGGUGAAGCUGGGCUUUGCUGGCGUGUUUACGGGCGUGUCGCGUCGCUUCUCCACAGCGUUUUCUGCCGAUGCACUCCUUCGCUCGUUUGUUGUCGGCACUGACCUGGACCAAACGUCGCUGACGUGCGGUCUUGCGUGUGAUGAAGACGCCGCGUGCGAGGGUUUCUUUACCUAUGUGACACCCAACGGAGGCAUUCAGUGCCGUCUGCUGUCUGACCUGGGAACAUCCCAGGGUGUGGCCACCACGCUCAUCUCCAAUUCAUAUGCCAAGGUGGUCGUGCCAACCACUACCACAACUUCAACAACAACCACCACCACAUCAACAACAACAACGACAUCGACGACGACAACCACCACAUCAACAACCACAACUACAACGACAACCACUACCACAACAACAACCACCACCACUUCGACAACGACAACAACAACCACCACAUCAACAACAACAACCACAUCGACGACGACAACCACCACAUCAACAACGACAACGACCACAUCAACAACAACAACCACCACCACAACCACCACCACUACAACCACUACCACAUCGACAACCACAACCACUUCGACCACCACGACGACGACGACAACCACAUCAACGACAACCACUACCACAACUACAACCACUACCACAACUACAACCACAACUUCAACCACAACCACAACCACAACCACCACAACGACGACUACCACAUCGACAACCACAACCACUUCGACCACCACAACCACAACCACGACAACGACCACUUCGACCACCACGAGCACCUCGACGACUACCACAGAUGUGCUCGCGGCUUUCGCGCUUGAUUUCGAAGGCGCCAACCCAGGCUCCACUGGCCCAGCUCGGCGGUACUCCACUGCGUUUGAUGCCAACGCGCUGGUUGUGCAGCGCGUGGUUGGCUUGAGCGCCUGUGCCUCUGCAUGCACCUCGGAGCCCCUCUGCCGCGGGUUCUUCUGGUACAGCAUCAACCCAGCUGAGCCUCGCUGCCGCCUGCUGUCGGAUCUUGGCACAGCCGCGGGCGUGACCACCUCCCUCGAGAGCUACAGCUAUCGCCAGCUCUGAUCACAGCGACGUCAUGCCUUGCUUGCUUACUUGCUUGCUUGUGAUUGCUAGCCCUGCUUGCUUUCUUGCCUUGCAAGGCUGCUCUCAAAUGAUGAGUCAUCAAUUCCAUUUUUGUCACCAAUGAUGACACCACCACCAAUACACUGAACAACGCCA